AUGCCUACUCUCCUGUUUUCUGCCUCUUCUUCCGUCCCUACCUCUACCUCCCUAGCCGUAGUCUUGCCGUUUCAGUUCAGCCUUUUGAGCGCUGGCGGGCAGACUCAUGAAAGGACGGACGGACAGACGCAGACACGAAGCACGUUUCAUAUUACAUGGACGCACUCAUCCAUGUGCGUGACUGGGCAAAUAACCCAGACUCCAGAAAGUUUCGCGUCCACUAACGGACUCACCAGCCUCCACUUAGGGACCAACACCAUCCCCUUUAUCCCCUCUUUUGGCCGCCAUCACGCCAGCACGCGAACUCAGACAUGCCAUCCCUAUCCUCCCCAUCCUCCCAUCCCUUCACUAGCCUCAACCAGUUCGUGUAUCCUGACUCAAUUAGAGGCUGAGAGCUGCAUGUUCACUUCGUCGGUCGACCGAUUCUUUGAGCAGAUCUCUUUUACUUGCAUUCUCUCGGCUCUUGUAUCUCUCCCUCCCCAUCUGGGUGAAGCACAUCCAUGCAUCCAGGCGGAUAGGCGAACAGAGGCAUUUGACAUAAACACACGCACUUACUGGCAAACAGCCGUCUGUUUAGCAAGUCAUUGCAAAUCGGACUGUUGCCGUCCUCUUAUUGAUAGCCUCAAUUCGAUGGGCGAUUGUGGUGCUUCUCGAAGGCCGGUCUGUAUGCCCGGAGCCAACUCAACUCGACCAACUUCCUCAAUGGCGUGUCCGUCAACACUCUCUUUCACCCGGUCCUGCCGUUUAAUCUGUCUCGCCCACGUCCCUUUCCUCCAGUCCUCGGACCUGGUUACCUUCGCGCUGGGCAUAGGGGAGUAUCAGGAGCCGCCGAAGCGACAGAAACAACGAGCUGUAGACGCACUUUUGCCACACAAUAGGCUCCUUGAGGCUCAUCAUGCUUGA